UAGCACCACGAAAGAGAUGUGAUGCACCCGUUGAACUGCUAUCUCGUUUGCGUGAUGCUUGACAUGGUACCUUUGGCUGGACAAUCAGCUUCCUGUAAUUCUACUUUGAGACUGCUGGUGAGUUUCUGACCUGUCAAACAUCUGAUAAGAUCUGCCAUCCAUACAGAUGAUUCCUUCAAUACCAAAUCCUCACCUCCCGGACAGACAGACGGGAUGGCGAGUCCCUCUCAUUCAUCAAUCAAGGUCUGAACACUGUCAAGAUGCCCUCACAACAUACGUGCGCGCUGUCGGACUCCUCUUCAGUAGCGUCGAUAUAGUCCGUACAGAUCCGAGGCCGUGGUUGGCUGUUUCAAUGAGAUCCCACGUCGAGCCGGGACUCGCGCGGCAAGGACAGAUCCAGGUCGACAUCCGGAAGCCGCCAAAGGCCUUGAUCCGACCCCGAGCUGAUUGGGACACACAGCAUAGAAGAUGCGACGAGGACGAGCGGCUGACCCUCGCACCGAACCAGCCUGGAUGGAUUCAUAUGCAGUCCACCCACCGAUGAGGAGCACCAGGGUCAGCUAAUUAUCCGCACUGCGCAACUACAGGGGACGCUUCAAACUGCUCAAGCCCAGCCUUGCUUUGAAUUACAGACACAGGUGACACUUAGCUGUACGUGAGGAGAACUCGGCAACGCUCUGACAGGGGUUGCUGGUUUUCCUCUCUCAGAAACAACAAAUUCCAGCGCGGUUGUCUGCCUCCCACUGGAGAAUUGAAGCUGAAGGCAGCGUAGCAGCCCGGCUAGAAAGACCCUGCGUGCCCAUUUCAUGGCUCAGACACCUCGUCCUACAAUCUCUCCAACCGAACGGGACGACAGUCUUAACGGGAACGGGAGACAUGCACUUCAUACGGAGAUGCCCAUCAUGAUCCAUCGACCGACACUUCGAGUAGCGCAACUUUUACUAUCAAGAGGCUGGAAGCGAAGAGCUGAGCUGGGUCAAGCUGGAGUCGAGCUGGGAGCUGCGGCUUUAGACGGAGACUGGAUUAUAUUCAAUUGACUAUAUGCAAUGGGACACGGCGAUGAGGACGGAAGGCUGUCUUUGUCCUGUAGUGCCUCUGAGAGUGCGUACAUUUCUCUUCUCUCCUCGGCCCUCCCAUUUUCCCCUUCUACCUCUCUGAGGUUGAAAAUGUGUCCAUUUCAUUUCUCCUUCCUUGCAGAUCCUGGUUGGUUGGUCAGAGGGAGGGUGAUGGUGCCCACUGGAGAUCAG